AUGUUUUAUAGUGAAGAGGAGCACAACCGCACUGUCGACCCACUUGACGAAUUACAACAUUCAUUUGAAUCAACAAUAACAACAACAACACAUGGAACAACAACUGCAACAAACUCAUUCGAACUUGGACAUAUCACCUCAUCUGACUUUGACUCGAUCGGAUUCGACCUCGAGUGUGAUUUUGGACGACGAGAUUCAUGGGGAAUCGAUUCAUCUUCUUGCGCCGCUACAAGUGGCCUAUUUAACGAAGAUAUGGAAUCAUCCGACAAAUUGAAUGAGAUUUUUGCAGAUGGUUCUGAAUUUACUCUUCAUCGUCUUUUAAGCGAUUUUGGUGUUAAUGAUUUGAAUAUCGAUAUGAAUGACUUAGUCAAAUUCGAUCCAGUUAAACUACUUGAUGCCAAAUCUUUUGGCGACUUUUUACAAUAUGAUUCAUUCGAUGAAAUCAAUACAUUAAAUGAUAUUCAAUCAAAUCACCUUGAAAGUAAUUCUUCACCUGCAUUAGCUUGUUCAUCAGGAUCAUUCUCUGAACUUUAUCCAUCACCAUUGGAACUACCAACAAAAAAAGAGUUCCAAAUGGAACAAAAUCAAUUAAAAAUGGAACCUGAAAAUCCAACAUUUUAUACUGAAUUAAAUUCAUUUGAUAAUUUUGUACCUACACCAUCAACAUCAACUGCUAUCUCUCAAGAAUUCAAUUUUGAUCCAUGUAUAGUGGAUGCUAUUGAGCAUGAUUAUGGUUAUCUUUCUAAACGAUCAACAAUUAUUGAUACACCAUCACCAUCACCAACAGUAUCCAAACGUACAUCAACACGUGGUGGCCGUCGUACAUCAUCUCGACUUCAAUCCCGUGCUGCAUUGUUUGAUAUUAAACAAAUCUUUAGUGAUGAUUCAUGUUCAACAUCGGCAUUAUCUCCAAAUAGUUCUGUCUCAAUGAAACGAACAAAACAUGCACGUCAUAUUAAUCGUGCUAUAGAUAUUGAAACAGAAGGUGAUUUAUCAUAUUAUUUGGAAAGACGUCGAAAAAAUAAUGAAGCAUCGAAAAUGUCUCGUGCAGCACGUAAACAAAAAUUCGGUGAUAUGGAUUCUCGAUGUGCCGAAUAUGAACGUAUCAAUACUGAACUUCGUUUAAAAAUUUCAACACUCGAAAUAGUAACAGCUAAUUUGAAAGAUGGUCUUAUUCAUACAUUUCAACGCAAAGGUGGUGUUAAUCCAAAAUGUUGA